AUGGUGAAGCGUUGCGGAUAUGGAAGCGACGCUACGGAAGACCACCUAGUAAGGGACAGAUUUGUCGUGGGACUACGGGACGAUCGUCUAUCCGACAUGCUGUGCCGUUCAGCGAAGCUGACUUCAGAAGAAGCCUUGCUCCAGGCACGUCUGCACGAGGAUGCUGAAAAAGAACGUUCAUGUGCUGCGCCUACAUUCGACGUCAGUGGUACACUUCUGAAGCGCCGAGAUAAAUUUCGGAUGCGACGUCGCGACAAAAGUGCCCAGGGUCGUCGAGCCAGCGUAGAACGUGAAGAUAGUCCUUCAUGCGCGUUUUGUGGACGGGCCAAGCAUCAGCGAAAUGAUUGUCCAGCACGCAAAGCAACAUGUGACUUUUGUGGCAAACAAGGACAUUUUGCCGAGGUGUGCCGCAAAAGACUUUCCCAGCGCCGAGGACAGAAGUCGGACUCUGUCGAGUUAUCUACAAUCAGCACCGGUAAAGCAUGGUUCAUCGAUGUCGACGUGAAUGGAUACUCCGUGCACUUCAAAGUAGACAGCGGUGCCGAGGUCACAGUAGUUCCUCCUUCUUUUCCUGGUUGCCCGGACGUCCUCGACGCGCCGAAAAGUGAACUCACAGCAGUCGGAAGUUACUUCCUGAACGUGAAAGGAACAUUUCGUGCGACGUUAUCUUGGAGGGGUCGCUCCGUUACAGAAACUGUCUACGUGGUACAAAAUCAACUAACGCCAUUGCUAGGAUUUACGGCGACCGAAAGUCUUGACGUCGUACAAUUUGUUGGCGCAAACUCGACGAGGACAGCUCAAGGACUCCGCCUCACGCCGGAAGACAGCCUAUUUAAGGGUCUAGGUGAGCUGCAAGAACAGUAUCGCAUCAGACUACGUUCUGACGCGCAGCCAUUCUGUUUGAGUACCUCGCGACGUUUGCCUUUGCCGCUGUUCAAUACUGUGAAGCAAGAACUCCUCAACUUGGAGCAGCAGGGAGUCAUCAGGAAAGUCGACAACCCAACUGAAUGGUGUUCUGGCUUAGUCGUGGUCCCGAAGAAAACUGGGGGCUACCGUCUGUGCGUCGACCUAACCAAACUAAACAAGGCGGUGCAGCGUGAGAGGUACACGAUCCCGACCGUGGAACAAAUUUUGGGACAACUGAGCGGUGCAAAGGUCUUCUCGAAACUCGACGCUACGCUAAGUUUCCACCAACGUGCAAUGUCACGAAUCGUCGAAGGACUUCCAGGACUCGUGUGCAUGAUCGAUGAUGUCUUCGUCUUUGGUGUCGAUAAAGCGGAGCAUGACGCUCGUCUGAAGAGUGUCAUCAAGAGACUAAACGACGCAGGCGUCAAGUUAAACUUCAACAAAUGCAAGUCUGGCGUGCCGUCCGUGCAUUUUCUUGGGGUUAUCGUCAGUAGCACCGGGAUAAUGCCAGAUCCUGAGAAGAUCAAGGCCAUCAGAGCUUUACCACCCCCACAGGAUGUCAGCGGAAUUCGCCGUUUGUUAGGCAUGCUUAAUCACAUAGGACGUUUCCUUCCCGACUUUUCGACCAUCACCGCUCCAAUCCGUUUACUUCUACGCAAGAACACUACCUGGAUGUGGGGACCAGAUCAAAUGAUAGCGUUCAACCGCUUGAAAGACGUCCUCAGCUCGGACACUUGUAUGGCCAAAUACCAUCCAGAAUACCCCACUAUCGUAUCGGCAGACGCCAGCUCCUUUGGUCUUGGUUCCGUUUUACUUCAGCGGCAACCAGAAGGUGAACUGAGAGCGGUGGCUUUUGCGUCUCGUUCCCUAACUCAAACUGAAGAAAGAUACAGUCAAACAGAAAAAGAAUGCCUAGCAAUCGUGGUGGCCAUCCAACGCUUCGACCAGUAUCUACGAGGACUUUCUUUUUUGGUUCAAACAGAUCAUUUACCCCUGAUACCACUUCUUGGGUCUAAGGAUUUGGAAAUGCUCCCGCCUCGCAUUCAAAGAAUGCGCAUAAAGAUAAUGCGCUAUCAGUUUGACGUAAAGCAUGUUGCCGGCAAACUUUUCGCAACGGCUGACACUUUAUCGCGGGCACCAUGCGAUUCUGCGGACAAGCCGGCUGCAGAUUCUAUCGAACUUUUUAUAAGCGAGGUGAUGAGCAGCGUUCACUUGCCCUCUGCAAUAACCGUCGACGUUGUUCGUCAGCAUCAGCUCCAGGACUCGGAAUGCUCGACGGUCAUUUCGUUCUGUAAAAAGGGAUGGCCUGACCGGCGAAAAGUGCCACUAGGUCUCCUAUCAUAUUGGAGCGAGAGAGCACAUCUGAGCGUCUACAAUGGUUUACUGAUCCACAACAAACAACUGGUGAUUCCGGUAUCACUUCGCAGAGACAUCCUGAGUCUCCUACACGAGGGUCAUCUCGGAUUACGUCGAUGCAGAGAAAAGGCCAGAGAAUCUGUCUGGUGGCCUCAGUGUGUAAUGGAGCUCAAGCAUUUCAUCGCGGGUUGCCGGAAUUGUGCAGAGACUAAAAGUCAACAUCGACAGCCCCUACUUGUGACACCUACGCCAACUAGACCAUGGCAACGUCUUGGAGCCGACCUUUUUCACUUCAAGGGAAAAGAACAUCUUCUCUUGGUCGACUAUUAUUCCCGUUAUCCUGAGGUAAUCAGCCUUCCUUCUACAACGUCAGGCCAGGUCAUCACCGCCUUGAAAAGCUGCCUUGCCCGUUUCGGGAUCCCAGAUGUUCUAAGGACUGAUAACGGACCCCAGUUUUGUUCAAGCGAGUUCGCUAGCUUUGCACGCUCCUAUGGUUUCCGCCACGAGACCAGCAGUCCGCGGUACCCUAGGAGUAAUGGAGAAGCUGAACGAGUGGUUCGAACAGUAAAGGACAUCAUGAAGAAAUCCGACGACGUCUUCUUAGCUUUGCUGUCCUACAGAAACUCUCCAGGACCAACAGGCGUAUCGCCAGCACAAUUGCUUAUGAUGCGUCGUUUAAAUACGCGCUUCCCUGUUCUACCGGACACUCUUGAUCCUGCCCAGCCAGACCAUCGUGCGUUUAAAGCCAAAGACGCCUUGUUGAAGGUAAAGCAGACCACCUACUACAAUCGACGUCAUCGUGCAGCUCCCUUAACCUCUCUGACUCUUGGGGGAGAGGUAUGGGUAUCAGACUUGAAAUGCUGGGGACGUGUGCUCAGCCCAGCACAGCGGCCAAGAUCGUUUGUUGUUGAGGUGCCGACCGGCACGGUGCAGCGCAACCGCCAUCAUCUUGUUCCCGUGACGCCUUCGAGGGUCGAACUGCCUUCUUGGGAAACUUCGGCUACUAAUACUUCGGAUGUUGCUUCUCCUGCAACAUUCACGAGGCAAGAUCCUACUUCCCCGGCAAUGUUCACAAGUCAUCAACCGGAUGCUGGACAACAGGUCCCCGAACAUUCUCCGAUAGUGACACGAUACGGGCGCAAGGUGCGUCCGCCUAAACGACUGAAUCUUUGA